CAAUAGUAUGAAAUUGUAUCAAUAUGGUCUUGAAAAUGACUUAAACCACAGUUCUUGCUCACUGUUAGUGCAUUUGAAAACAAAAAAAAAAAGAAUAAUUUUUAUAUGUAUGAUAACUCAUCUCUUUGUUUUUGCAUCAAAGAAUAAUGUUUGAUGCUUACAGAAAAUUUUAUCACUGCAAUGGAAACAUUUUUAAAAGUAAUCAUUUUUACAAUUUUCAAGAAAUCAUUAAUAACAUUUGUGUAUUGAAUAAUAAAUAGUUCUUUUGACAUUUCAAUUUCUAAUUUCAUUCAAUAUAAAAAUGUAUCUUUGAACAUUUUAGUAAAAUUGACUUUUUUUUAGGCAGACAAUUAUGAAUAACAUUAGCAAGCAUUACUAUCCCGAAGCUAUAAAACACUUUGGUGAAAUGUUUAUCAAAAUCAAAAAGCACCCUACUAACCCAAAAGUAAGGUUUAUUUUUAAGUUUCAUCAACUUGCAUCAUUUUCAAAUGAUUCAUAUGUGUAUUAAUUUGUGUAUUAUAUAUAGGUAUACAUUAACAGAUUUAUCUGCUAUAUCAAGCUUGGAAGGCUCACUGAGGCUCUAUUGGAUACCGAGAAAGCUCUUGAGUUAUGUCUUAUUUCUGUAGAAGACAUCUUUAGAAAAAAACAAGUGGAAAUGCUCAUGAAAGAUUUUGAUUGUGCCAUUGAAACAUUUGUAUUAGAUUAGCGCUUGAUCCAACCCGAUUUUGAGAUGUGUUAGAAAAUAUAUCAUUUUAACUAUUUUAUAUGCUUAUGUGACAAUGACUUUCAUUAACCAAAUUCUAAAUGUCGUAUAUGCAGAUGUAUGAUUAAUUAAAUUUCUUUAGUCCAUACUUUUUUUUUAUAGUUUCAGAGAUGAUUAAUUAAAAUUCAACAUGGAUAACUCAAUUUUAUUUACAUGUUAAAUGACAAAAUCUAUUAAUUAAUAUUCUCUUAAUCAGCCAGAAAUAGUUUUUUCUAACUUUCAGCCUAUUUUACUUAUUUCUACAAUGUUCACUUUUUUACAUUUGACUAAUUAUUUCAAGUCAUUUUAACAAUUUGACAUCUUUUUCAACGAUUAUUCGAUUAAUUAAAUUGUCACAAUUAAACAUUUUUAAAAAACUUAUAAAUAAAACAAGAUAAAAUAUGCGCACUACUCAUCACUAUGCACGUAGAUAAAGUCAUCAAGUUAUUAAGAAAUUAGCACCGUUUACUUUCACUCCAAUAUUUACUUUACAACCAACAAAAAAAAAAAAAAAUCCCCGAAACUAUAGAUCGCCGUUCAACGGCAAAUCUCGAUUUUUUUUCUCCCCCGGCGAUUCACUCCGUGAUGCCUUGAAUCGCCGAUUACCCAGCAACUUUCACCGACACCACAAAUACUAACUUUACUGUAGCAUUGAUUCCAAACCCCCCGCUUGGGAUUCGUGCUUUCGCUACCUCGAUUUCGUUCCCGAUCCGCUCGAGCUAGGGAAGAAGAACCUUCAGCUAUCUAUUUCAAAGCCUUGUUUCGAUUUCCCCACCAAAAAUCUCAAUAAUGAUGACCUGUUGGUGCUUGCGAGAACGGUCUUAGUUUCCUAUUUAGCAAGAGUUGGUUUUUAUAUAUUUGGUUCUUCUAUCAACAAUGGAAGCAUACAGAGAGGAAGCUCUUAGAGUGAAACAGGUCGCCGAGAGGAGAUUCGCUGAAAAAGAUUUCGCAUCCGCAAGGAGCUACGCAUUGAAAGCUAGGUCCUUAUCUCCUGAUUUGGAAGGUUUGGCUCAGAUGAUUGCCACGUUCGAAGUUUACUUGGCUUCUCAGUGUAGAAGCGGCGGCGGUCAAAUCGACUACUACGCGGUUCUUGGACUCAAACCCUCUGCUGGGAAACGAGACGUGAAGAAACAGUACAAGAAGAUGGCCGUCUUGCUCCAUCCGGACAAGAACAAAUGUAUUGGAGCUGACGGUGCGUUCCAUCUCGUAUCCGAAGCGUGGAAGUUCUUGUCCAAUGAGUUUAACAAAAGCACUUUUUAUUACAAGAGAAAGAAGCAUAUCGAGUCCUCCACGGUGGUUCAGAAGCACCGCGCAGAGUACGCGCCGGGAACUGCAGCGUUUGAUCGGUUUCCACCAUCGUCAUCAUCAGAGAGACUCGACACUUUCUGGACUGUGUGCACCUCUUGCAAAGUUCAGUAUGAGUACCUGAGGAAGUACGUGAACAAGAGGCUUUCGUGUAAGAACUGCCGCGGAGCGUUUAUAGCUGUAGAAACAGGUCCAGCUCCCGUUAGUGCACCUUUUCAUUACACGCAUCCAUCUCAUGCGCCUCCUCCUCUGCAUAGUAAUGGCUAUAGCUCGCAUAGCUACGAUGCACGCAUGCCCACAAACUCCACCUAUCUCUUAGGCCACCACUAUCCUUCGCAGGGACAUGGUUAUGAAUAUGGUUCAUAUGAUUGGAGCUCAUCGUACCCUGAAACAGCCUCCCCAGGGAAUCUUGAUUUGAAGCGUGUGUCCUCUGUGUCCAACGGGUAUCCUUACAAGCACAGCAAAUCAGUAGCUACCACGGGGAUAAUAAAUAAAGUUAAAGACGGUUCCAACGGGACAAGCUCGGUUAAAACCAAACCGGACGGUCUGAUCUAUGCUAACCCGCCCGGCCUUUCUACUCACACGGCUGCAGUUAAGGUCGGCAGACCUGAGAAGAAGAGCAGAGUAUUUAUUGAAGCGUCUGUUAAUGGAUUUGUUGAGAACCCUUUGAUGAGAUCUGCUCCAGUGUCGAAGACAGCGAAUGCAGAAUUCAAACUUCACGGCCAAAGCUACGGUUCAACUAGGCGGUGGUCUGCUGCAUCAGUACUGGAUACACGGAAGCCAUUACUUCAAAAGGCAAGAGCAGAUAUUAAGCAAAGACUGGAUUCAAUAAGAUUGGCUUCAGAGGCGGCAGCAGCAGCAGCAGCAACGGCGGCUGUUGAAGAAGACACGAGACCAGUUGAUUCCUGUAAGUUGGGAGAUGUUACGGCGGGGCGCAAAACCAGUGGGCCUAUAACGGUUCCAGACUCUGACUUCCAUGACUUCGAUAAAAACAGAUCGGAGGAGUGCUUUGAGCCAAGACAGAUAUGGGCAAUCUAUGAUGAAGAUGACGGCAUGCCGCGUCUGUACUGUGUGGUCAGGGAAGUGCUCUCUCUUGAGCCCUUUAAGAUUGACAUUGCCUACUUAAGUUCCAAAACCGACAUCGAGUUCGGGUCCAUGAAGUGGGUACAAUACGGGUUCACAAAGUCCUGCGGACAUUUCAGGAUACAAAACUAUGACGUAGUCGAACAAGUCAACAUCUUCUCGCAUCUUUUAAGAGGCAGGAAGACAGGGAGAGGUGGCUGUGUCCGAAUCUUCCCCAAAACUGGUGACAUCUGGGCUGUCUACAAGAACUGGUCGCUGAACUGGAACGAGUCGACGCCUGACGAAGUGAGGCACGAGUAUGAGAUGGUCGAGAUCCUUGAUGAGUAUACUGAACAGUACGGUGUGUGCAUUGCGCCUCUUGUUAAGCUGGAGGGAUACAAGACAGUGUAUCACAGGAGCGGGAAGGAGGACGGUAAGAAAUGGAUACCGAGGAGCGAGAUGCUGCGGUUUUCGCAUCAAGUGCCGUCUUGGUUUCUCAAAGGUGCAACUAGCGGCUUUCCUGGGAACUGCUGGGACUUGGAUCCGGCUGCAAUCCCCGAGGAGCUGCUUCACGUCGGAGCAGAAGCCUGAUUGAUGAUUCCAGUGAGGAGAAGGAAGGUUUCAGAUUUAGACCCAAGUGUAAUAGUUGUAUCAGCGAAGACUAGAGAUGUAAGAGAGAGACUGUUGACACGCAAAAGAUUCUGUUUGGUCACUAAAGCUUAUUGUAUUAGGUGAUGUUCAACGAGUAAACAAAGCGUAGUUGGUUUUUGUUUGCUCUCUUCGUCUCCUUCUUUUUACAUUAUUGACAUUAGCGAUGACAAAUUUUACAGUGCAGUUAUUAAAACUAGCAAUUUAUCUUUC